GAUCAGCACUAAAAAGCACCAGUUUUCGGCACAGCAACACCUUUUGAUCUGCUCUUCUCAUUGUUCUCCACUCCACUUUUUCUCACCAUAACUUCACUGCUUCAUAUAUCAUUAUAGAUAUCUGUAUAUCAUGCGUUGCCCAUUCUGUGUUUAUCUUAUACUUAAUUUCAGGAUUCAGAUGGUUUCUACACUGUCCAAGUGAGGGGAGGAUUUGGUCUGGUCCCUCCACUACCUCCAGAAGGAGGAGGAAAAAGAAGGAGGGAGAGAGCAACUACAGCAGUAACAGAUAGAGAGCCAACAAAUUAAGGAAAUCAAAUGGUAUGAUCACUGCCAAUUUGGCCGCUCCAGUAAAUGUUCCUCAAAUGGGUUGGUAAAUUUGACCAACUGAACCCAAUUGUCACUAAAUUUUCAGCCAAAAAACUACAUAAACACAUUACGCAGGGAACUUCCUCCCAAAUGUGGAAGCAAGCCAAACGGACAAGAGCUCACCUUAAUCACCUCUCCUAUCCCAAAAAAAAAUCCACAUUCCAGAGUGAAUUGUGGGUACCAGUGGAGGAAAGAAGAAGAAUCUAGUGAAGGCAGUUUCUGGAAGCGGCAUGCAGUGAAAUGGUCAUAAUGGAGAGGGAUCAAAGAGACGGUGGUCUCACGGACUGCCAUUCAAGAACCCGUUCUCUCGCAAGAAGAGUGACUCUGUGUUGUAGCCAUGCAAGCCAUGCUUUCCUCUGCAUAUACAUACACAAUUAAUACAGUACAUGGCAGCCUCCCCUCACUUCACAACUUUACCGUAUUUAUUGAAAAACUUCCAUCCAUGAUUAUAAUUAUGCGCAGCAAAGUUUGUGGUUAGAGAAAAUGAGUUUGUUGUCGAAUAAAAUGUACUUGAGGUGAAACCACUGUUAGUGACUCAACUUUGCGCUAUCUGUCGAAACCUCUCGAUCACUCGCCCACGAAUAACUUGAGGGAAUUUCAGCUCAAAGGAAUAAGUCGUAGCGCUCUGAACUUGCCCCAGGAGGGUCUCAGCUGCCCAGAUGUACUGCUGGGGGACAAUCUGGUUAAAAGUGAGCCAGCGUUGGCUUGGGCAGCAUCUGACAAUACUUGUCACAGUUGUGCUCGAGAAAGAACAUUGCCAUCCCUUCCACUCCCAUGUCGGUAACUCCGUAGGUCCCAGAGAGCGACAGCAUUGCUGGAUCAGUGAGAGUGUAAGCACUGCCGUUUCGAACGCCCUGAAGAUCUGAUACCAUCUCUUCUCCCAUACUGCGUGCCCACGACCAGUGCAUAAAAGCUGGAAGAAUUGUGCAUUCAUCGCUGAUGUAGCCGUAGUUGUUGCACCACUUCUUGAACGGCCCCGGUAUGUAGUCCUCGCACGUCACGUACUCGUGCAACUUGGGUCUGGUGUGAGGACAAGGUGCGUUCGUCACUCGCAUUACGUACACCGCUGGGGUCCUGCUGGUGAAACGUGCAGCGAGGUCCUUGGCUCGCUCGUUUAUCUUUACAGUGUCGUUCCAGUCCACUUCGUUCCAGCUGUAGUUGUCCUUC